AUAUCAAGUCGCAGCAACCCCAGAAGAAGCUAAGAAGCCUAGAACUCCUAAAUUUUUUGGUCAAUCUUAGUCUGGGUUCAUCAACAAUGGCGGUGACAGAAGAGAAAACCCCCAAAUCUCCCUCUCUUGAAGAUAGCAAGAAGAAAAUGAAGCGAAAGCGAAACCGAGUUAAGAGUUUGGAGCCCAAAAACCCUGAUAACAACACGGAUAGAGAAGGAGAAGGAGAAGAAGAAGCAAAUGAAGAACUUGAAGAGGAUGAAGUACACGCGAGAGAAGUUGAAGUUGACGCGAAAAAGAAAGAGAAGAAGAAGAGGAAGAAAAAGAAGAAGGUGAAGGGUGAAGAUGAUGAGAAACUAUUAGGAAAGCAAACUGAUGACGGAGAAGAAGAAAAGGAAACUAAUGAAGAAGGAGAGAAGGAAAAGGGGAGAAUACAGGAUGGGGGAAGUGGGAUAAUGAGCAUCGAGUCAUUUGAGUCCGUAGGAUUGUCUGAAUCAACUUUUAAGGCUAUCAAAGAAAUGGGUUUUCAGUAUAUGACUCAGAUUCAAGCCAGAGCAAUUCCACCACUUAUGAUUGGCAAAAAUGUUCUUGGGGCUGCAAGGACGGGUUCUGGGAAAACCCUUGCAUUCUUGGUACCUGCUGUUGAGUUGUUAUAUAAUGUCCGAUUCACUCCCCGUAAUGGAACAGGUGUUAUUGUUAUUUGUCCCACAAGGGAGCUUGCCAUUCAGACUCAUGCAGUAGCAAAGGAUCUUCUCAAAUACCACUCUCAAACCCUUGGAUUAGUUAUUGGUGGUUCAGCCAGAAGAGGAGAAGCGGAGCGGAUUGUUAAGGGAGUAAAUUUGUUAGUGGCUACUCCUGGUCGGCUUCUUGACCAUCUUCAAAAUACGAAGGGAUUCAUUUAUAAAAAUCUGAAGUGUCUUAUUAUUGAUGAAGCCGACAGGAUAUUGGAAGCGAACUUUGAGGAAGAAAUGAAACAAAUUAUCAAGCAUCUUCCUAAGGAAAACAGGCAAACAGCUUUAUUUUCAGCUACCCAAACUAAGAAGGUUGAGGACCUUGCUCGUUUGUCAUUUCAGACAAGUCCUAUUUAUAUUGAUGUAGAUGAUGGGAGAAAGAAGGUCACCAAUGAAGGUCUGCAGCAAGGCUAUUGUGUUGUGCAUAGUUCCAAAAGAUUUAUCCUUUUGUAUUCAUUUUUGAAGAGGAAUCUGUCCAAGAAAGUGAUGGUCUUUUUCUCUUCUUGCAACUCAGUCACGUUUCAUGCUGAACUUCUUAGAUAUAUUCAUGUGGAUUGCCUUGAUAUCCAUGGAAAGCAGAAUCAGCAAAAGCGAACCACUACCUUCUUUGACUUCUGCAAAGCAGAAAAGGGAAUUUUGCUUAGCACUGAUGUUGCUGCUCGUGGACUUGAUAUUCCUGCUGUGGAUUGGAUUCUGCAGUAUGAUCCUCCUGAUGAACCCAAGGAAUAUAUUCAUAGGGUUGGUCGAACUGCCCGUGGGGAAGGUGCAAAAGGAAAUGCUCUUCUUUUCCUGAUCCCCGAGGAACUGCAAUUUCUUCGCUAUCUCAAGGCUGCGAAAGUCCCAGUUAAGGAAUACGAAUUUGAUCAGAAAAAGCUGGCGAAUGUGCACUCUCAUCUGGAGAAAUUGGUGGCGAACAACUAUUAUCUAAACAAGUCAGCUAAAGAUGCGUAUCGAUCUUACAUUCUAGCAUACAAUUCACACUCGAUGAAAGAUAUAUUUAAUGUGCAUCGCCUUGAUCUGCAGGCUGUUGCUGCAUCCUUCUGUUUUUCAUGCCCUCCGAAGGUUAAUCUGAACAUAGACAGCAAUGCAUCCAAGUUUAGAAAGAAAAUGCGUAAAGUUGAAGGAGCACGGAACAAUUUCAGCGAAAGCAAUCCGUAUGGGAGGCAGAUAAGUGAAGAGGAUAAACGGCAUCUUGUAAGGUUUUAAUGAAUUGAAUGCAGGGGUCUGCUACAAUUUUGAAUCUGUACAAUUUGUUCUUGAAAGAAAAUGCUAAUCAGCUGAGGAUUUAGAUGCAAGUUUUGAUGUGCUUACAAUGAAUGUUGAGAUCCUUGGUUGGAGGCUGAAUCACUGUUGUUUACUUUGAAUUUAAAUUUUAAUUAAAGAAUUAACGGAAUGGUUAAUAGACA